UGUAGCAUAACCCAAAAUUAAACCAAUCCCAAAGAUUGCAGUCACCAACUUCCUCUACUUGUUGCACAAAUUUCCGGCCUCAACGCAAGCAAUUACGAUUACUGAAAAAGACUUCUCCUUAUUCUCUCCCUAUAAAACCAAUCACUAAUUUCCCUCUCUGUUUAUACCAGUUUGAUCAACUUCUAGCAUAUUUCUCAGUAUUCUUUUAGGCUUCAACAAGAUUAUGGGGUUCGUUUCAAAUGACAAUGCCCAUUUGCUGUCUAAAAUGGCAACAAACGACGGGCACGGCGAAAAGUCGCCGUAUUUCGACGGAUGGAAGGCUUAUGAUAGUGAUCCCUAUCAUCAUACCAAGAACCCAGAUGGGGUUAUUCAGAUGGGCCUUGCAGAAAAUGAGCUUUGCUUUGAUUUGGUUCAAGAAUGGGUAGUGAAUAACCCGGAAGCGUCGAUUUGCACGGCUGAAGGAGCAAAUGAGUUUAAGGAAAUUGCCAUUUUUCAGGAUUAUCAUGGAUUGCCAGUGUUUAGAGAGGGUGUGGCGAAGUUUAUGGGGAAAGUGAGAGGAGAUAGAGUGCGAUUCGACCCCGACCGCAUUGUAAUGAGUGGUGGAGCAACUGGAGCUCAUGAAAUGUUGGCCUUCUGUUUAGCUGAUCCUGGUGAUGCAUUUUUGGUGCCUACUCCCUAUUAUCCAGGAUUUGAUAGAGACUUGAGAUGGAGAACAGGAACCCAAAUAGUCCCGAUUAUCUGCGAAAGCUCGAACAAUUUCAAGAUCACCGAAGAAGCCUUGGAAUCAGCAUUCCAAAGAGCAAAAGAAUCCAACAUCAGAGUCAAAGGCCUGCUCAUAACCAACCCAUCAAACCCUUUAGGAACAGUACUAGACAGAGACACACUAAGAACUCUGGUAGCCUUCAUCAACCAAAAAAACAUCCACCUAAUCUGCGACGAGAUAUAUGCGGCCACGGUCUUCGAUCAGCCUGGUUUCAUCAGCAUUGCCGAGAUCAUCGAGGAAAAGGAUCAGCAAAAUUGUAACCGCGGUCUCAUCCACAUUGUUUAUAGCCUGUCAAAGGACAUGGGAUUCCCUGGAUUCCGGGUCGGGAUAGUUUAUUCUUAUAACGAUGCAGUGACUAAUUGUGCUAGAAAAAUGUCGAGUUUUGGGCUAGUUUCAACCCAAACCCAACACCUGAUCGGAUCACUUUUGUCGGAUGAUGUUUUCGUUGGGAAAUUCUUAGUGGAGAGCGCAGAGAGGCUAGCGAAAAGGCACGAGAUGUUCACCAAGGGGCUUGCACAAGUAGGGAUUGGUAGUCUAAAGAGUAACGCCGGGCUUUUUAUCUGGAUGGACUUGAGAAGGUUCCUCAAAGAGCCAACCGUUGAUGCAGAGAUGGUUCUUUGGAAAACCAUAAUACAUGAAGUGAAGCUCAACGUUUCGCCUGGAUCGUCAUUUCAUUGCUCAGAGCCUGGUUGGUUUAGGGUUUGCUUUGCGAAUAUGGACGAUGCGAUGUUGAAGAUCGCGCUGUGGAGGAUUCAGAGCUUUGUGCUUCAGAGAAGUAAGGGAGUGGAAGAACAUGCCAAGAGGAAGUGUUGGCCAAGCAAUCUUCAGGUCAGCUUAUCGUUCCGAAGGCGCGAUGAUAUUGUGAUGGCGCCUCACAUGAUGUCUCCUCACUCCCCAAUUUCUUCUCCCCUUGUCAGGGCAACUUAAUUAGAUUCAAAGAUCAAUUCCUUUCAUAGAAUAAGCGACGAUUGACCACCCAGGGUGGUAGCCAAGAUGGCAAUGGGUUGCUCCCCAUCGGGUUUGGCUCUCAUGGCUCUCAUGUGGGUUUCGGGAGCUUCUGUCGUGGGUCUGGAGUCCUUAUGGUCGCGCAUAGGAAAGGGUUGCUACAACUGGUCGCCCCCUCCUGAUUAAGCGGAUAUCUGUUUAAUUCUUGCAUUCAUUCUAGGAUUGGAGUACUGUUAACACAUUCUUGCAUUCUAUCGACUUCGCAAUUCUUUAGAAUUUUUUUCAAGAUUUUUUUUUUGGGAAACAGAGGAUCCUGGCCAACUUUCAGUACUUCAUGUUUCCCUCCUUUAAAUCUUGUUUCUUCUAUCCAUUUUAGUAUCACAAUUGUAAUAUGUAGUUGGCAAUUAAUACAAUUUAAUUACCAUUC